AUGAAUCCGGCAGUUGACGGAGAAAUCCGGCAUGAUUUUGUGAUUGUUGGUGCCGGAAUCGGCGGACUUGCAGCGGCUCUGGCUCUUCACAGGAAAGGGUUCAAAGAUGUGGUUGUUUAUGAAAGAUCGGAGAGUUUAAGAUCGGAAGGAACAGGAAUCAUGAUAUAUGCUAAUGGAUGGCGGGCACUUGACCAACUUGGUGUUGGACCUCAGCUCAGAGACAAAGCUUUUCUUCUUCAAGGGCCUGGUGAAGCUCGUUGUUUGGUAAGGAGAGAUUUGAUAAACGCUCUAGCUGAUUCUUUGCCUCCAAAUACUAUACAAUUUGGAUGCAAUCUAGUAGAUGUCAAAAUGGAUACUCAAAGUAUGUCUCCAAUUCUUCGGUUUGAUGAUGACAAAGUCGUUCGAGCUAAGGUUUUAAUCGGGUGUGAAGGAUUAAAUUCAAGAGUUUCGGAUUAUAUCGGAUUGCAACCUCCAUCAUCUUUUGCUGUUGGCGUAAUCAGAGGUAUGACCAACUAUCCAGAUGGUUCUGUUUCACCUUGGUAUACUCGGAGGAGAAAUCAAAGAGAAGGAACUGUUGUUGGGGGUGUUCCCAUCAAUAAUAAGCUGGCAAAAUUUCCUGCAGAUGGGAAAAAGUUUCCAAAUGAUCCACAACCUCUGAAACAAGCGAUCCUGAAAAUUAUAGAGGGAUAUCCGGCUGACUCGAUAGAGAUGGUAGAGAAAGGCGAGCUGGAUACAAUUUCGUUAUCGCGAGUUAGAUAUCGCCAUCCAUGGGAGAUAUUAACAGGAAAGUUUCGCAGAGGAUCCGUAACGGUUAUUGGGGAUGCAAUGCACGUUAUGGGUCCAUUUAUGGGGCAGGGUGGCUCAGCUGCCUUAGAAGACGCUGUGAUUCUUGCAAGAAAUCUGGGAAACAAGAUUAGUCCUCUCGACGAUCAAAUUGAAGACGGGAAACAAAUUAUGCGCCGCGAGACGAUUGAGGAAGCGAUAGAUGGAUAUAUUAAAGAGCGGAGGAUGAGAAUCGUGCGAAUAUCGACACAGAAUUACCUAAUUGGUCUCACUUUAGAUCCUACCACAUCAACUGUGGCAAAAUUCAUUGCUAUUAUCAUGAUGAUCACAUUGUUUGGAGAUGGGAGUGAGUAUAGUAGAUUUGAUUGUGGCAAACUUCGAGGUUAG